CACACAUUCGCCGUCGUUCUUACCACGCUUCUAGUAGACGGUGCAAGAGAGAGAGAGAGAGAGAGAGCGGGAGCGUCGAAGAAAGUGAAAAGCAAACAUAGAAAGAGAUGCUGCACUUCUCGCACCACAACUCAGCUCUGUGAGUGGUGAGAUGAGCGCGAUCUCAGCGUGCUACAGAUUGUCCGCGUGUUUUGGUGAGCGAUUCGUAGCUGUCAAACGCAUUUUCAAUCGCUAGUUGUUUCACGGUGGCUCCCGCGCUGCGCUACGAUUUUUGCCCUCCCCGAGUGUUGUGCUGUUUCGUCCGUCUGCCGUCCGUGCCCAGCAACGGGAAGUCAAACAGAGGCCUGCCGGUGUCCCAUUCGGUGUGAUUGAUUUGUCGAAGUGCGUGUGUGCGUUCAAAUGUCAUGGCUUGCUGGAAGUGUUUCCGUCGCCCGUUGACGGUUUGCCGAGCGCCAGCGGGGGCCAUUUUGGUGUCGGAACCGCCGUCGCCAUCGUCGUAAUUUGUGCCCGUGCCUGUGCACCCGCGCUCCGUAUCCGUGCGGGAUUUAUUAUUAGACCUCGUGAGUCUCGUGAAAGCCGGCCGAAAAGUGCGCAACCAAGCACGGCCCGCUCGGUGUGUGUGUGUGUGUGUGAGAGUGUGUGUUGCGCGCAAAAAAGGUUCCGAUGCAAGCUACCCAGUUCCGCCCGACACACAUAUACACACGCCUUUGCUUCCGUCGGCCAGUGUGUAGUAAACGUCAAGAGUGCGUACGGUGAAAAAAAACUGGCGCGGCCGCCAUACGCCGGGUGCAAUAAUUCGCAAUUUCAUAUGCAAAAUAGUGGAUGGAUGCACUUGCACCAGUUGCGCGCGUGCGAGCAAAGUAAGCGUUUUUGAGUGUCUGUGUGUAUGUGUGUGUGAUUGUAUCCCGUAUCCGUGCUAGCGGGUCACGAUUUGCAUUUGCAACGAGUUCGUGGCCCAUAACGCGUGUGUGUGCUAGUGGCGUGAGCAAAGCAGCGAGAAUCCGGUCUCUCGCGUGUACUUCAAUUUCACCGUGGCCUCUUCCAGCAAUUGUAGGUGAAUGAGUAAUAUCGUUUGGUAUAUCAGUGAAACUGAACGCCGAACACGUCCGAGCAGUUAGUGGUACAUCCAGUGGUCUGAGGUUCCCCCGAAGGAAACCUGAAGGAAUGUGAACAACUGUGUACUAUCUAGUUUUAGUUCCGGACAACACGUUCCCAACGUCCACGCGUUUGAAAGUGCUUGAAGUGAAAAUCAAUACAAACGAAGCUAUUUAAAAUCAGCAAAACAAGUCUAAAGUUAAGCGGAAAGUGUCCGGAAAGGUGUUUGUGGAUCGUGAAUCAAGAAAAGCGAUAACGAAAAUAAAACAAAUCGAGUGUAGAAAUUUAUAGAGCACGGUUGACAAGUGAUAAGUGCAUUGCAAAACGGCUAACAGUAAGCACCGUGUUAUCGCACAGCCCAGUGCAAGUGACGUCCGUGUGUGCGCGUGUGUGAGUGUGUCUGGUGUGUGCCAUUUCCGGGUGGGCGUGUGUGCGCUAUGGUGAGGUGCAUCGUGGCUGCAGCGGGUAGCUGUGGUGGCAGUGGGUCACCCCAACGGUGAACACCGGUCGUCGCAGUGGCCCCCCAGAAUGUGUCCAGUGGUGCCGCGGGGGCCAGCCGAGCGUACGGGCUCAUACUAAUGCUGCUGACUUCACUGCUCUCGUCGGCGUGUUCCCUAGCGGUGCCAUCGGCGGCACAGAAACACUACGCAUCCGGCGGCGAUCAACACGGCACGGCAGCACUGCCGGCAUUCUCCACGUUCGUCGGUUCCUCGACCCAUCCAGCAGGUGUAGCCUCCGUGACGCUGCUCCAUCAACCACACGACCGGAAGCAUCAGCAACAUGGCCACCGGCGACCAGCUGACACCGGUCCGGGCAGUACGGAGCAGCAGGAGCCCGGGGACGCGAACCGGCACGUACCCGAUCUGUACAAUCUGACACUGGCGGCGAUGCGCCAGUAUCUGCGCAACCACCUGAACGCGUCCCGGCUCGGGAAGGCACCGCGCAAGCGCUCGCACGUGCACGUGGACGCGGUGGACGUUGAGUUCUACCGACGGUUCAAGGAGUUCAACACCAGCCAGGCCGUGCUGGAUGGGGUCGUGAGUCAUUUGCCGACGGUCGGUACGAACAGCUCCCAGUACGGGCCGGACCAUGCAGCAGUACCGACUUUGCUGGGCGAACCCGGACCGAACAAUGAGGCAUCGUUGGCCGUUGGCGCGAAUGUUACGCCCGAACCGUCUUCAGCAACUUCAUCGUCCGUGGCUCCGGCGGGAGCUGCGAAUCCGCGCGAUUACAGUGUGCUCAUGGAUGAUCCACGUGGCUACAUCACGGCGUCCUCAUCGUUUCCGCUUCGGCCGGGCAAAACGUCCACCACUUGGAACGGUACCUUCGCGCAGCACAGAGGCUACAUCUACGGCUUGGUGUCAUUCUCAGUGAUUUGUGCCCUGGUGCUUGGUCUGUUCGGAGUGUUUCGCUGCCUGCGUGCGACGACCACCACGCGAACAACUGCCGAAGCGCUGACGCUGCCGAUCCAGUUCAUCGCCGACGAUCUUGCUCCUCUAAACGCCAACUUGAACCACCUGCCGGUACCCAUGCUAUCGGUACAGUCACCGGGCUGCGCGGGGAUGGAGCGGCUCGGCGUUCCUGCCCGCGGUUCCAUCGGAUCACCACCAUUAAGGAAUGAACGGGCGGGCUUCCAUCACCAACAGCAGUCACAGCAGCAACAACCACAACAGCAGCAGCAGCAGCAGCAGCAACACCAGCAGCAACAGCAGCAUCCGCAGCACCAGCAAGCAGCAACCCAGCAAAACCUCCACCGCCAUCAUCACCAUCAUCAUCACCAUCAUCACCACCAUCAACAGUAUCAUCAGCAAACGUCACCGACGACCGGUCAGCACCUAAGGUUCGGCAGCGAUCUGAUACUGAGCAGCAGCACCAGUAGCAACUUUCGGAGCAACCACAAUCAAUCCUAUCUGUUCAUUCCGAAUCAAACGAGCGCACUAGCUGGUGGCGUUGGUGGUGGUGGCGGUGGUGGUAGCAGUGGCAGUAAUAGCAUUAACUACAAAACUCACUACAGCAAUAGUUCGUACGGCGGUAGCAGCAUCGGUAGUAGCACCGGCAGCUCCACCAAUCCCAUCACCACCAACUUCCCGCACUGCACCUACCAUGUGCCACUGCCGGACGGGGAAUAUGGGCCGGAUCGGGACCUGCAGAUACGGACACCGUGCCAGCAAUCGGAAAUACCUCGAACGUACGUAAAAGCCCCACCGAAUAAGACCGUGCGCGAUGUGCCCGUACAGUAUCAGUCCACGGGCGGGAUCACGGCGCACGGUACCACCAUGACGGCCGGCAUCGGUCCCAGCCACUCGAUCAACUCGAUGGUCGAUCUGGCCAGCUACUACGGGGGCCCAAAGACAAUCGGUAGGCCAGCCGACGGUGGCCGACUGGCGGCGACCGCACCCGGGCCCAGCUUAGGCGGUGGCGGAACCGUCGGCACCGGCCAGCCGAAACCGGUGGACAAGCUGCAAAAGAUUCUCCGGUUUUUGCCAGGUAAAGCCACUAAAUCUUCUACUCCAUCAUCAUCUUCGUCCUCCUCGGCGUCGUCGUCGUCGUCGUCCUCCUCUUCUUCUUCCUCCGUCUCCUCAUCCAGUAGCAGUGGUAUUAAGAGCACUAGUAGUAAUAUCAACAAUAAUCAUCAAGGGGCGAGCACUAGCUUCGGUUUGCAACCGCCGCCGACCGGUGUACUGCCGGGCAGCCACAGCAGCAGCACCAGCAGUCUCAACAACAACAGCGGCAUCAGCAGCAGCAGCAGCAACAACAGUGGCGUUGGAGGCAUCGCCAGCGGUAGCGUACUAAGUAGCAUAAGCGGAUCCUAUGGACCUAAUAGUGUUAGUAGCAGCAUCGGUUGUAGCAAUCACGUCAACAACAACCGGGUCGGAUGUGGCGGUGCUGGCGGCAGCAGCAACAUUCGCGUGGAUGGUCGCGGUGGCUUAAGUUUAGCGACGGCCGGUGCCGGUAUCCACAAUCACAACCAACACUAUCGAUCUCCGCCGGUGGCCGUCAGCUCCUUAGGAUCUCCGCCAGCAGCCACCCUCUCAUCACCGACGUCCUCCACUUCCUCCUCCUCCUCCUCCUCCUCCUCAUCGUCCUCCGGUUCGUCACCUUUGGCGUCGACCGUUGCACGACAAUCCGGUGUCGAUGUGGUCGGGUCCGGUUCGACCGGUGGUCCGAGUGUUACGGGAUCGAGUUCCGAUCCGGGCCAUGCACCCUUCACGAUGUGACCGACUGUAAGUGGUGGUGGUGGUGGUGGAGCUGGUGUACGACGAACCGGUGGCAGUGCGGUCAGCAGUCUUUGAACCAGAUCUGCCAUCGCCUUCCUCCGUAUCGUCUCCCACCCGCCACAGCUCCUGCCGUCGGUCCACAGCUUAGUAGUCGUACCAAUUAUUUAGCUAAUCGAUGUCGUGAUACUAUUUGUGAUGAAGAGUGGUUAGAGUCCUGCGGCGGAGGUUAUGUUGCAAUGUAGACAGGGAUGACCACCAGUAAGAUGAUUGCCGGGUGUCGUGUUGUGGUUGGGCCAAUGGGAGGGGAAAUUUUGAAGUGUCGUAAAAGCCGGACCGGAAAGGAGACCGUUUUUAAGAGCGCGAAAAAAAAGUGUUGGUAGAUUAGCUAGCAGGCGAGUCGCAUCGAUCAAAAGGCCAAGUACAAAUCUUAGCUCUACCGUGCCGAUUGUUAAUAGGAUCGUUGAUCGGGUGUGUGCGUCUUUUUUUUUAAACUGGAGCUUAUCACGUUUAACUGUUAGUUCCGCGAACUUUGGUAGGUUCUUGUUCGCCGCCGAUGGUUUGGCCAAAAAUUGUAGAAAAUAUCCGUAUGUGUGUGUGUGAGCGAGUGAGUGCGUGUGCGUCAAUCAAGAUUAUUUAUUUAAAAAACUGUGACCGAUACUAGUCAUUUUUAACUUCAAACUGGGUAACCUGCCCUAUGGUAAUCCCUCUGGUGGUUUAUUUGGCAAUUGCUAGUAAUGACGGUAACGAGUUACUGCUGCCUCGUUCACUACGUAUUGUAUGAUGUCUUUUUCUCCCCGAGGAAGCCUUGUCUAUGUCUUCGGCCAAUGCUGCAACGAUCAUUCGAUAGUGGCAAUCGUUUUCCCGACAAGUUGUUGAGAGUACUUGAUCUACUUUGCCCUGAAAGGCCAUGUAAAGCACUCUGUUUCUUCAGCUGCUAGAGCCACAACGCCUCUCGCAAGUGUGCGGGACCAUUUUUGCCCGCCAAACUGUACGAUGCUCCUUUCCAGGCGAACUUCACAGUUGCCUCAAAAUACUGUCGAACGUCACUGCAAAAUGCUUAAGUAAGAAAUAGCAACGAUUAACAGUAAACAACCAACACGCAAAUGGGAUUUUGUGUAGCCCCAUCCCUUCCCCAGCUGAUGACCAGGAGCGUCUGGAAUGCCCAGUGAAAACCGACCGAAGAGGAACAAAAACAAAACAGCACACAAUUGGGUGGGAUAAGUACGCAGAGCGUAAUGCAGAGAAGCAGAAAGAGAAGCGUAACUACACACAUAUAGAAAAGAGAAGGAAAGGAAAAAAAACCGAAGAAAACCCGAAAAAAAUAAAAACGAAAAACGAGCUGUACAUUUUAUGCGCGUAUUCUUAAGAUUUCUUGAGUAAAACAAAACACUAAACUAUAACUAGAUUUUUAAAGUAAAACACACACAAACACCAUAGGUAAAGGGGGGGAUGGACACGAAGCGGAAGGAUCACAGGAAUGUGUGUGUGUGCGGAAACAUUGAACAUAUUUGUGGGGGGGUAUGGAUUGGGGAAAGUUGCGGUAAAACAGAAAGGGGAUAAUAUUGUAAAAAAGGAAGCAAAACAAAACUAUAUUAUAAUAACAGUAAGCAAAGCAAAGGUGUGCAACACUAAUACGUUUAGGAUGCGUUAAGUGCAUGGGAAAGGAGUAGGGAAGAAUAAAGAGAAGAAGCGAAAAACAAAUAAAACAAGAAAGCCUAUGUUGAUAGUGACGAUCGAGUAAGUGUGUGAAGCUGAUGGAAAUACACACUCUAGUAAAAACAGGAAGAAAAGAAAGCAAAUCCACAACUACCAGGUGCAACAAACCAAUGAAUAAAUGAAUGAAAGGCGGUAAAGGCGAAACAUGAAACAUGUGGCGCGCGCGCGUUUUGGUGGUGUUGGGCUUCGAAAGAAACCAGCGCACUGUUUCCCUCUCGCUCUCUGUCUGCGUCCCGAGCGGAUCGGAUCGAGGGAAAGGAUACGUCAAGUGGCAGGUGUGUACGUGUGCUCGUUCGUGUGUGUGUGUGUUUGUAUGUGUUCUUGUGUGUGGGAAGAAGAAGAAGAAUCGAAUGAGCUAGCAAAAAUGUUCUAUCUGUUAUAAGUUGUAUUAUUUAAGUAAAUCAAAUUUUUGUCUGUAUGUCGACGAGUCUGGCCCGAAUGAUUGAAAAAAGGGGGUCGUGGACAGGUUAGGUUAGCUAGAGCAAGAGAGAGGGAAAAGGAUGUGCAUGCGUGUGUGUGUUUGGUGUGUGUGUGGAGGAGAAGGCAAAGUAUAGGAAUUUUGAGAAGAUGGUGAGGUAGUGAACAGAUUAAGUUAAAUGAAUGGUGAGUCAAUCAAAGAUGUAAAGUUGUAAAUCCUUAAAGAAAUAAUACGGCUGACUAGAAAAUAGAACCUAAAGACAGCAAACAAUAAGAAGAGAAAAUAGUAACAAACACACACUGACCAGAAUCAACAAUAGCCACCAUUUCUGCAAUAAACACACACACAGGAAAAAAGGAUGAUAAUAACAAAAGGCAACAGAAUACUAAAUACCGCAAGCUCUGCAACUACUACUACUACUAAUACUACUGCUACUACUUAUCCUCAUUACUGUUACUAUCAAUGUAUUGCGAAAUAUUACCAAACCCGCAGUCGGGAAACGUUUGUGUGCGUGUGUGUGUGCUCGUGAACAAGAGAAUGGCCGCUACCACAUUACCACAGCUAACAAUACUAUUACCGCUUCAACUAUACACAAUCACGCCAAUCAGCAGCUACAAACCACAGCAAUCUAACUAAUGUGGCCUCCCGCCGAAAAACAGGGGGUACACCACAAAACACGUACCGAAUUUCCUCAAGUUAAAACAAUAAAAGCCGGAAGGGAAGAAAUAGGAUAAAAACACCACACCGCUCACAGCCUGCUACAUACAGAAAACCGAUACGGAUAAGUUUGCUCACUGUCUCAACUACACCGAAUAACUACUACUACUACUACUACUACUGCUACUACUACAUACAAAACAACUACUAAAAUAGUACGAUCUAGCUAAGUGUAAUUUGUACUAUAAAUGAGACGCAACUAGUUGUGUUAACGGAUGAUUGAAAAAAAAAAAACCAAACGCAAACAAGUAAACUAAACGAGCCGUGCACCAGGAAUCCACUAUCUACUACCUACGACAACCACAACAAACAAAUACUACUACUACUACUACUACUACUACUUGGCUGGGAAUGUGUAAUCUUUCUAAUAGUAUGAAUGCGUGCGAAUGGGACGCGAGUAAAACAAAACAAAAAA